UAGAACUGUCUGCUUAUAGCAAACCCACUGAAAUAGUUAAUAUAAUUAAAGCAUUAUAUAAUUGAGUGCAGAAAUGAAGGUGAGUAAUCACUUGACACUGAUAUUACAAUGGCCAGUCUUAACAAUUUACAUGAUUUUUCUUGUUGAUUUGAUGUUUUAUUUCAGAAAACGCACGUGUAAGAGCUUUUACGGUAGUUCACUUUGGCCAAAACAAACAAGGAAAAGCAUUGUAAAAAAAAUCUGAUCUGCAUUCACAGACAUUUGCAUUCGGACGGGAUUAGAUUCCUCAGAUGAUCAUUGACUUAGCCACAAAACAGUAGGUAAUUUGCUCCAGAAUUUUUACAGCGGUUGGGUGAGAAAAACACAGACUUGGCAGAUUUGGACUGGAUUAAAAUCACGAGGUACGUCUGUGAAACAUGAAUUUCUCUAACAUCCCCCUAUAAAACUAGUGAUGUCCGAAUAGUGCUAAAGUCUCCAGAAGAACUGUGGCUGGUUCUGCAAGAUGCUGAGUAAAACUUACCAGCUAAUUUUCUUAUAAAACUGCACAAAUUGUACCUAGACUACAAAUUUUUUUAAUGCAAAGGGCUGUCACACCAAAUAGAGACUUUGUCUCGUUUAUUACUGUUUACUACUCUUUAUAGUAUUUUUCAUCUAGAAACAUUUUAUUUAAUUAAAUUUGAAGGCAUUUUUGCACUACAGCAAUUCUUUGCAUGCACUAAGACUUUUGCACAGUAUUGUAUGUCUGAUCCUGUACUGCAAAGACUGGGAAGUAUGACACCCUGAGGAAUCCUGCUUUAUCCCAUUACAGGAUGUCUUGGACUCAACUCCACAUCACAGUAACCAAUCUGAGAGACAUUCUCAACCUGAACCCAGAGUGAGCCCUUUGGGGUGGUGUAACAUGGGCGUCUGUGCUCACAGAAGUGAAAAUAAGAGGUCAAAAAAUAAAUGAAAAAUUUAGCCAUCCACAUAAUCUUAGUAGCUGUUACAAAUUGCCUUGAAAUGGAUCAUUUUUUACAUUUUGUACACACUGUUCCUGAAGGAGUGUCCCACUAAUCAGGAUUAAGCUCUAUUAUCAUUGAGUCGAUUCUGAGCUCUUGCAGUUACCAUAGUAGAGAACAACUGCAGUGCCUGCCUCUAAAAAUUGUAGCCACUUUGCUGAUAGAAAAAGUUAUCAUGCUACACCAGAAGUGUAGAUGAAAAACAAAAUUGUACCAAGGCAAAUGACAAUCUAUCUGACUAGGCCUGCAUUACAUUGAACACACAUAAUCUCUCUGAUAUUAAAAUUCACUGGAUCUCUUUAUUGGUUAAUUGUUAACUGUUUUGGCCUCUUUCCAGCAGUGCUGUUUCCUGAUUGGGCAUAUAAACCAGCCUGGUCUCCAGGUUCUCGUCAAGUCCAGCUGUGGCAUUUCCUGUUGGAGUUGUUAAGGCGGGGUGAAGGCAGAGUUAUCACGUGGGGUGGUGAAUGGGGAGAGUUUGUAAUCCAAGACCCUGAGCGACUGGCCAAACUGUGGGGAGAGAGGAAGGGAAAGCCGCAUAUGAACUAUGACAAACUGAGCAGAGCAUUGAGAUAUUACUACAAUAAACGGAUUCUCCAUAAGAUGAAAGGAAAGCGAUUCACGUAUAAGUUUAACUUCAGUAAACUGAUUUUGGUGAAUUAUCCCAAUCAGCAUAGCUGCCAUCAGGCAUUUCAUUCUGGAAACUCUCUCCCAUUCUCUUGUUUUUCUUCUGAUGGACCACUUUAUAGCCCACCUGUGGAAAGAGCUCAACCAUCAGUCACUCACCCUUUGCUGCUCCCCUACUGCUUCACAAAGUCCCUCCCCUUUUCUCAGGCCAAUCCAAACCAAGGACAGUUUCCUCUCCAUUCUGCCCUGCCCUCUUCAGCAAUGAACCUAUCAGAGCUCUUACAUCUGCUGCCGUUCAAUUCAUCCCUGCCCCUUGGCCAAACUUUAACAAGCUGGCCAACAAAUGGUAGUGCAAAGUGGUGUUUAAGCAGAGCCACAGCACCAAGCCAGAUGGAUGAAAGUGAAGGAUAAGUAAAAACAUUGUAACUACAGAAAAUAGGAGAUGGAGGAGCGAAUACCUAAAGCCCCAAUCAGGAAUCACUACAGCUUGCAGGCCUGUUCUUGCAACACAGGUUUUCAAGCAAUACCAAACAUCCCAAUAAAAUGUACAAUAUGUCAACUUACAAUUAAUUUAUUUAAUGAUUAACUUAAUUAAAGUUCUUACCGUGAAAUUUCAUCUUACCAUGGUGCUGUUCCUACUAUUUAUACUAUUCCUUACUGAGUGGAUGUUAUUUGUUUCUUAACUGAUUCAUAAUUGGUACAUUAGUUGAAAUGCUUAUUUUUCAGACUGUAGCCCAAUGUUUUUUUGUGUGUGAAUAGGAUCUACAUGAGUAGACAAAUGCAUUUUCAAUAAUAAAAAAAUAAAUAUGCUCCCAGAUAGAACAAACUAUAAUGCACAGGUGAUUUUGAAGGAGAUAAGGAACCAGUCAGUGUUUGUCUGGCUUCAUACAAUUAGAUUACGUUCAUUUUUUAUGGAUGCACGGCUGAGCUGGGCACAUUAUUAUCUACAAGCACAGAUAGAGUGAUGCCUACCAAUAAUGCAUGCAAUUCAGCAACCCACAGUGAGGGCAAAAAGCUGUCUUAAGUGAAAGCUACUUUAUAUCUGUCUCUUCCCCUGGUUCAUAAGUUACA